AAAAAGCCCUGAUUUUGCUUGUAUCAACCAAUCAAUACAAGAGACCAUGUUAUCAUGUACUUAGUAUCGUGUAUUGUGUAAUAGCGAAUGUCAUCUAUUUUUGUUAUUGUAACCCACGAUCGUUAAAUUAACGUUUGUUUUCGGUUUACACCAGGUGUAAAUUUUUGGUUAAACUUUAACGAUAAAUAUCGGUUAAAAUGUCCGCGUGAUAUGCGUUCUGGAAUUUAAUAUUAUGUUUAUAUUAUUCACGUUUAACAAAAAGAUUUAAUGUUAUAAUAUACAAUUAUUAUUUCAUAAAAGUUAAAUCUUUAAGCAUGGUAUAUUUUACACUAUUAAAAGACGUUUACAAAAUGCGGUUAAGAGAAUGAGCUUUUAACCGCUUAACGUGUUUACCCGAGGUAUCUCGGGUAAGCUCGCCUGUCACAUUUUCGCUAACCCGAGUUAACUCAGGCAAAAAUAAAUUAUUGGGUAUCUUGUGUGCCGACCCGAGAUAAUACGUUUAACUCGUUUAUAUGCAGCUUUUGGCUGCCGCAAACAAACUUGAAGUGCGAACCGGGGUGGUUCUUCACUGGAUGCGCGUUUAUAGGGCGCAUCAACGCGUUAUUAGGCAAUCGAUGGGCGCUGUUACUGCAUGAGUUAGGCCUACCGCACACUGGCAACUUUAGAUAGGCAACUUAUUAAUCAUAAAAAUAGAACACAAUAAUAUUUAUGAUCUGCCGCACACAGGUGAUUAUUUAGUUGCGGCAACUAAAAAAUUCCAACCUGUUGGAUUCUUUGAGAGACGAAACAGUUGCUGAUAAAAUAGAACAAGCUUGUUUUAAACGGGAUCGCGCUCACUGGUGAUUUGCUUUGAAAAAAGUUGCUUUGUAGUUAAUAUUUGUCGAUAAGCCGGCAAAUUACAACAAAAAUGGCUGCUAUAGAUGUCGAAUUGUUUAUUACUGAAGUCGAAAAACGACCAGCAUUAUACAAUACGAAACAAAAAGAAUAUUCAGAUAAAAAUCUAAAGAAAAAAUUAUGGACUGAAUUAUGUGAAAAAUUCAUUGAGAAUUGGAAUGAACUUGGGGAUAAGGAAAAGAAUGAAAAAGGUAACGAGUUACAAAAAAGAUGGAAAAAUCUUAGGACAUGUUUUAAAAGAGAGUACGAUGCUCAAAAGAAUAUUGCCUCUGGUUCUGGGGCUAAAAAGAGAAGGAAAUAUCUUUACUUUGAGCAGCUUUUAUUUCUGCGGGAUUCUAUAGAAAGCAGAAUUAGUUACAACAGUCUCGAACAAGGUACUGAUGAUGUGGAAGAUAACACAGAAACCAGAGAGGAAGAAUCAGAAGCUAGUGAAGCUACGCAACUUCGUACUGGUGCCAAGACUGACCAUUCUAGAAAGAAAAUUUACCAAAAGAAAACUCAUCAGAAAACAUAUGAGGAAUCUCUGCUUCAGAUUUUGAGGGAAAAAAAGGAUAUAGAGAAUGAAAUUGACGAAGAUAAAUAUUUUUUUUUGUCUCUACUCCCUUCAUUAAAAAAAAUUAAUGAAGACCAAAAAUUUAUUGCACGAACGGAAAUCCUGAAUGUGAUAAGACGCGUUCGUAUGUCGGGAAGCGGCCAAAAUCAAAUUCCCCAUGAAGCAAAUGCUUUGCACCACCAAAAUACUGCCAAAAGUCUUGCUGUAAAUAUUCCUUCAACUAGUGCAGAAGGAUCACAUUAUGGAGAUGAUAGAAAUAGUUCUUUGCACUCGCCAACAUAUUCCUACCACCAAGAAGGUUAUAACAAUGUUAUAGAAAGCAGCAAUCGCAAUCCAACCUAUACUGCAGCACAAUAUAUUUCAGACUUUUCCGCAGGACAGGUACAGGUUUAUGCAAAUACGUCCCAACAGCAAAUUGAUGAUGAGUCAGAAAUGUCGUCUCUGCUUGAAUUACAUUAAAUGCUUAUAAUACUAAUAUAUUUCUUCGUAAUAAAUAUUUUUCGAUAAAAUUAGUUUUUUUCUUAUCUUAGAGUUACGGCCAAUCUUUCCUGUGGCGGCACAGUCAUUCGUAAUUGUGUAUUCUGGUAUGAAAUAUGAGGACCUAUCAACACCAGAAGCUCAUCAAAGCUUCGUAUACUCAUACAGAAAUAAUUAAAAAAUUUAUUUGGAUGUUCCCUCAAAGUGCUGAUUAAUUUAUAAAAUUGCCCAUCUAGAAGUCUUUUACUUAUCAGAGGAUGGACCCAACAUUUUCGCUUUCCUUUUUGACGACGUUUUUUUAAAAUCAAAGCAUAAACGCACGCUGUUUCUAGGAAAUCCAUUUCGACUGAGGUUGCGGAGCAACUAUUCAGUCAUUAUUGGGCGUUGUAAAUAGAUUUGCAAUAAUUUUUAGUGACUAAACUAUUUAAUCGCCGAGAUUAAAAAGUUGCCAGUGUGCGGUAGGCCUUAUUGUGAUUUGAUUUCGCAAUACUUAGUCAGUACGUAUUUGGUUGUAAUAGGGGAUUGAUUAUCGCAUAUUUUGUGUUUUGUUUUGCAAUUUUACGUGGAACAAUGGAGAGCGACAGUGAUGGAAGUUUCGAUGGUGUUGAUAUCGAAGGUGACGUCGAUGAGAGCGGGUCGGGCACAAGUUUGGAUGUUUCAACGUCGAGUUCUGAUUCUAGUAACUCGGAAAAUUUAUAGCUGGCACGUAGUUGGUACGAAUUACAGCCUGAUUCGCCAGA